AGCUCCGUGUAGUCCAGCCUCUCUAUCUUAGGGAUCUAUGCGGCUUCAACCACAGCAAACACGGACCGCUUGUACCUUGAAUAGCCACAGUAAAGGGCCUAUAUACUGCACACUGGAUGUUUUUUUCUACAUGCGACUCCAAUCGGAAUAAAUAAUAGAGGAAUGUGGAAAUUACAGAAUGCCCAACAGCGCUGGAAAGAGAUUUAAACCCACCAAAUACAUCCCAGUGUCCACUGCUGCCACACUCCUUGUGGGAUCGACCACUUUAUUUUUCGUUUUCACGUGCCCCUGGUUGACAAAGGUAAUCUCUCCCGCAGUGCCUCUCUACAAUGGCCUGGUCUUCCUCUUUGUCUUGGCCAACUUCAGCAUGGCAACCUUCAUGGACCCUGGUGUCUACCCCAGAGCGGAUGAGGACGAGGACAAGGACGACGAUUUCCGAGCGCCGCUCUACAAGAACGUGGAGAUCAAGGGCAUUCAGGUCCGGAUGAAGUGGUGCGCCACCUGUCACUUCUACAGGCCGCCUCGCUGCUCGCACUGCAGCGUCUGUGACAACUGUGUAGAGGAUUUUGACCAUCACUGUCCCUGGGUGAACAACUGCAUUGGCCGGAGGAACUACCGCUAUUUCUUCCUUUUUCUGCUAUCACUGAGCAUCCACAUGGUGGGAGUUUUCUCCUUUGGCCUCAUCUUUGUCCUCCACCACAGAGAGAGACUGGCAGCACUGCACACCACUGUCACUCUGGUGGUGAUGUGUAUAGCGGGGCUCUUCUUUAUUCCAGUCAUGGGACUCACAGGUUUCCACAUGGUGCUCGUUGCUCGAGGUCGAACAACCAAUGAACAGGUGACGGGCAAGUUUCGCGGUGGAGUAAAUCCCUUCACUAAGGGUUGCUGUGGCAACGUGGAGUAUGUCUUAUGUAGUCCCCUGGCACCCAGGUACAUGCUGGACCCCAAGAAAAAGCCCCAUGUCAAAAUUCAGCCCCCAUUCAUCAGACCUGACCUGUCAGACAGGCAAAUCACCAUCAAGAUCAGCGACAACGGCAUCCACAGCACCAUCAUCAGCUCCAAGUCCAAAAGCAGCCUGGAUGGCCUGGACGAGAAAGAAACGCAGCCACCGCUGCCCCCCAAAGCAGACAGGUACAACCAGCUGAAGAGCCAGCUGACCUCCAGCGAAGAGAGUUCUCUUUCUGGUAAGACCCACCCAUCCACUCCAGCUAUGUACAAAUACAGGCCAUCAUUUGGCACCAUGCCUAAAGUCCACUACCACACUGCUGGAGAGAAGAUUGUCAUGCAAGACGAGCGGAAGACCUCUGCUAUCUUGGAGGAGGGUGUCCGCGGUCAUGACUACCGAUCUGAGCCUAACCUGGACCUGCCUGAGUACACCAAUGCUCCUCUCCACCGCACCUUCCAGUCCUCUCCCCUCCAGCUGGACUCUGACCCCAUCAGCUCCCGCUCUCUCAGUCUGAAGCAGGGUCAGCGCCGGCCAGAGAAGGGCCAGCUCCCAGCACUGCAGCCGCAGACAGUCACCUCCACCCCGUACAAGAGUGUCUUCUCGCCCAACACGCUCUCUAACCGUAAUGGCAGCUUGUCUUAUGACAGCCUGCUCAACCCCAGCAUCUCCCCUGCCGCUGCCAAUGAGUGCAUGGCUCAUCGUGGUGUGCCCUCCAUGGGGUUCCACUCACCCUACCUGCCCACCAAAAUGUGCCACAUCCGGGAACCUGAAAUGCAGAGGCACCAGGUCGCCCCCACCUACAGCCCGGUGAUGCCGCCCAGGGGGGUGGGCAGGCAAUCUCCCCACCUAAGGGACAGGGACCCAUCCCCGGUGCGUUACGACAACCUCUCUCAGACCAUCAUGGCCUCCAUCCAGGAGCGAAAGGAGAUGGAGGAGAGGGAGAAACGACAGAUAAUGCAUGGGCGCUCCCAGACCCAUAUCUAUGCCCAGGACUCUGGCGUGUUUGAUGGGGGCUAUGGCCUGCCCCCCAGUGCUUGCUACCAAGAUGGGCCUCGUGGCCCAGGCUCCAGAGGCCCAACUCCCCCGGCUUAUGGAGGCUCCAGGGACAACCUGAUGGGGGUCGGCCUGGUGAGCUACGGGCAGAGAACCCCUGUGUUGCGUCAUGCCGGCUCGACGCUGGGCCGUGCCCCUAGGACUUCAUCCACCUCCUUGCACACAGAUCACAGCAGCAGCAACAGCAGCCAGAGCAGGGCCACUUGCCCUGAGGGCCCCUAUCGCUCCCCGGCCCACCAGCCUCGCUCCCCUGCCAUGCCCCGAUCCCCCUCUUACUCUCACCAGAAACUCUCCUACAUCAGUGCCCAUGAGAGGACAGACUCACCUCGUCUGGGGGGCCCAAGAGAGGCCAUGAAAGUUAAUGGGCAGAUGGACUGCCACCCCGGUUCCCAGGGCUCGACCCUCAGCCCCAGUCGCCACAAUAACGUCAAAAAGGUGACGGGCGUAGGCGGCACCACGUAUGAGAUAUCAGUGUGAGCAGGGACAGCCAAAGCCAACAACAACGGCCACCCUGCUGCAAAGAGAUUUUCUCCUCUCUGUUAUUUUAGUGAUGUCUAGACAACGGCCAGUCAGGGGCACAUCCCCGAUUUGGAGUUAUUCUCCAAUCAGCGGAUCUGUUUGCCCCUGUGUGGGUCUGUCUAGCCAAAUGCCCAAGUGUGUUAGUACCGGAGGGGUUGUUUGUCAGUUGAUAGCGCAGCUGCAGGCUGUGUGUGUGAGGAGUGUGUUGUUGUUAACAUUUUGUGGCUCACCAUGUUGGUCGUAAGAGUGGACCGUUAAUGUUAUUACUGUUGUCUCUCAGCUGUGGUCAUGAAAGCGUACGUUGUUCCAAAUGUCAAACAAACUUUGCUCCAGCAGGCGCCGACGGCCGAACGCAAACACUUCAGAUGAAUUAAGCACUGACAUCCUCACCGUGGACCUCUGUGAAAAGACUAACAUCCUUUAAGAGUCGAUUGACCUCAAGAAGUCAAGGUGCUUCACAUUAACUUGUACUGUCCAUGCCAUCUUCAGCAUGUUCAGUGGAGCUGUCAGAUGAGACGGAGGAGCAAUCAGUUAGAUAAACCGCAAUGCAAAGUAGGUGAGGUGAGAAGCUGGGGGUAAAAAAAUGUCAUCUUAUUAUGUCUGGUGGCUGCAUUUCAAAUUCAGUGAGAAAAGCUUGCUGUUGAUUUCAAGUAAAAAUAAACUUAAAAUUCUUUCUUUGUCGAAAAGACAUUUCUCAGGAAUGAAUGCAACCAGCAGAGAUGCUAGAUGAUAUAAACGGCUCCUUUUUUGACUAAGUAGUGAGCAGGUUUUUAGGGCUUGAAUACAGCUUAGCCCCCUUUAUUCCUUUCACAAAGGUGCAGUACAUCACAGGCUUCUGUUGGUUUAAUGUCAGUCAUGACACGAGUGCUGGGCAGAUAUAUAAGCAUUCUGUAACAUCAGAUUACCUCUUCCCAAGAGUUCAGACUGAGUCCAGCCUUGCACAACCAAAACAACUUUCUGUUUUUGUGUAAAAGAAAAAUUGUUGAGUGUGUAAGUUGUUUGUGUUGUAAUCAUCGGAAUGGAGAGGUAUAGAAGAACCAAGCCAUUGUCCCGUGUAGUAUAAAUGAUCACCCUUUCAUUAUUAUGUAGUUGUUUUUUUUUUAUUGGGUUUAUUUCCUUUUUAUAUAGCCAACCUUUCAAAAGCUAUGUUUGAUACAUCUUUUUUAUACAGAUACCUGGAAUAGAUGUUUUCUUUUGAGUGGAGUUUUUUUGUUGAUAAAUUAUAAAUUCAAUAAAUGAACCAGAUGAUGAUGAUAUAGUAAUAAUGGUUAAAAUCCAUAGAGUAAAUAUAGCUUAUCCUACUUUGCAGUGUACAAAAUAAAAAUGUAUGAUGGCAUGUCAUUACAUGAUAUGUGAUUUGAGGAGGGAAAAAUAUUAAAGGUCUAGUGUGUAGGAUUUAUCCUGCAGCGAGGUUGCAGCUUGCAGCUAACUGUAACUGUGUAACAACCAUGUAGAACUACAGUGGUUAAUGUUUAAAUGCAAGGCUCUAUCUACAGCCAGUAUUUGGUUUCUUCGUUCUAAGCCACAGUGGAACAACAUGGUAGACUGCAUGGAAAAAUACUUGCUCUGUAUGUAGAUAUAAACUUCUCAUUUAAAAGGUAAUGAAAACAGACCAGUUCUUAGUUAAAGGUAAUUAUACACCAAUGAAAUCAUAGUAAUGAAUAUUAUCUUCCAUUUCCGUCAAUAUAUCCCUCCAAAUCCUACACACUGGACCUUAUAAGUCAUAGUCUUUGACUGGUGAAUGAUCAUGUGAUCUGCAUUGAAUUGCCAAUGUGUGCUGUACAUGAGUCAAGGAUUGAGCUUUCAGUAGAAGCUGCCUUGAGAUUUCAGUGCCAAAGUGGCUACCUUAUAAUUUUUCAAAUGCAUUGACUGGGUGACUUCACGAAGACUGAAAAUGUCAAAUCAAUUAAUUUGCAGCAGCUGUCUGGUACAGCUCCAGUAUUACCCAUCACUCAGAGAUGAAAAACGUUUUCUUUUUUUUGCUUUUAAUUGAAAAAAACAUUUAUUGCUUUUGACCAUAAAAUGAACUGAUAGAAGUGGAGGGCUUUUAUUUAUAUUUUGAAGCAACUUCAUAUGAAAAAAAACAUGCCAGAAUUUACAUGGAUGUAUUGUGGUAGAUUCGGUCCAGCAACAUUUGCAUGACUAAACCAUCGUUGCCUUUUGAGACGAAAAGCUCUGUUUCAUACACAGUGAAUUGUGGCUUGUUGAAAAAAGAUUGUUCACUAAAGGACAAUGACAUUAGUGUUUUGUAUCGGGCAGCGAAUGGCAGGAAUGAUACUAGUGAGCAAUUUAGACGGGGUAAAAUUUUGAUCGCAGAAAGUUUUGGAAGAAAGGCCAAUGCACAAGGUAAAACAUGAUAAAUUAUAAAAUUACAUCACUUUUUUAAAGGAUUUUUUUCCUUCUCAUUUCUGAUGCAUUCAUAGAUUCCUUUAUUCAGUAAUCAGAGUGUAAAGGCUGGUAGCUGUGGUGGAGUCUUGCUUUCUGACAAGGUUGGAUGUUUCUGAAACUCUUUGUAGUUACAACCUUUUGGCUAGUAUGGUCUCCCUUUUAAAGGUCUCACCCAGCUGCCUUACCAUGAACACAGUAAUGUGAAGCAACAGGAUACUCUAUUCAAGUCAUGUAUUUCCGAAUAGUUAAAAACCGUUUCUGUUGUCAGGCUGUGGUAUACAGGGAUACUUUUUUGGCAAAUCUGACUGGUGUCAAUAAAAGAGCUAACAGGAACAUCUUAAAUUACCCAAACAGGCAGUUAGCUGCCAAGUUGCCUGAAAAUACCCCAGUCUAUCACGACCACAUAUCAAAACACUAUCGAUGUCAUUCCUCUUUAAGAUGACUGCCAUUAGUCCACUGUUCUUUCUUUGGGAUGGACAUCACUGCAGGUCAGGGGCCAUUCCUGACAGUAAUGAAUCUGUUUUUUGUCAGCCACGAGCUGAUGUUGUUUUCUGAAACUCAAAUAGAAAGUUCAGUAUGUAUUGAAAUAUAGAAUAUACUAUAAAUGUACAUGCGUUCCUAUUUUUGUGAAGAGGAAAUAUUUCCCAAUGACCUGAGCAGAGUAAAUAAAGUUUCCAACU